AUGCCAACCCCGUUUGCGCAACGACCCGUCAUAAUCCUUGGAGCAGGCAUCAUCGGCUGCGCCGCAGCUUACCAGCUCCUUCAAAAUGGGUUUCAGGUGACCCUGAUAGGCGAGUAUCUGCCCGGAGACAAGAGCAUACUAUACGCUUCGGCUUGGGCAGGCGCUGCGUGGCACGCAGCAGCAGGUCUGGAUGGAGACCAGAAAUAUAUUCAGGCCGUUACGCAUCGACAUCUGCUGAAAAUGGCAUUGGAUGAUUCUUCAUCCGGUGUUUGUGUUGUAAAGGGCAAGGAGUAUCUCGAUCAGGUACCGGGAAAGAACUCGUCGGCGUGGGGAAAGACCGUGUUGAAGAAUUUCCGCACACUGAAACCAGGCGAAUACCCAGACAUCUUCGCCACAGCCUGGGAAUACGACUGUCUUGUAGUCGAUCCCACCCUACACAUGCCCUGGAUCGGCGCCAAAGUAGAGGCCCUAGGCGGCAAGUUCGUGCGCCAAAGGGUAUCCUCUUUGGGUGACCUGUACAACAUGUACCCCGAAUCGAGCGUGUUUAUCAAUGCCAGUGGAUGGGGUAGUAGGGACCUUACAGAUGUCUUGGACUCGAAAUGCUUCCCCGACCGAGGACAGAACGUGCGAUUGAGAAGCCCGACUUAUGAUACGAUGUAUUUCAGGAAUGGGAAGGAGUACACGUAUAUUAUUCCGAGACCGAUGUCGGGACACAUUGUGCUUGGGGGGCACAAUUCAAGAGACAACCUGAGCGGCGAACCAGACAUGGACGUCGUCCGUGACGAAAUCCGACGUGCUCACGACCUCGUCCCGGAUCUUGUGCCCGCUGAACCCGCAGAAGAAGAUAUCAGCUACAUAAUCGGCAUCAGGCCGGCACGCGAAGGUGGAUUUAGGCUCGACUCACAAAAGAUUGGGAACCGCAUCGUGCUCUCGGCGUAUGGGUUUGCGGGUGGUGGUUAUGCGUUUAGCUACGGCAUUGGUGAUGCUUUAGUUAAGAUGGUACAGCAGGCGGAGUUUGAUAAUGUCAUCAUACCGGAAUAG